GGCUGUCCUUGGGGUGGGAGAGCAGGGCAGCGACUUCUGUGCCUCCAGGGGUGGGGAGAGGACCCUGACCCCAGCUCUCCUGGGAGGGCUCUGGGGUGUGCAUGGGGCAUCUUGGGGGAGCCCUGGAGAGGACCCCUCCCCACCCACAAUGUUGCAGGCCAGCAGGAAGGCGGGGACCCGGGGCAAGGCCGCGGCCACCAAGCAGGCCCAACGAGGCUCUUCCAACGUCUUUUCUAUGUUCGAGCAGGCCCAGAUCCAGGAGUUCAAGGAGGCCUUCAGCUGCAUUGACCAGAACCGUGACGGCGUCAUCUGCAAGUCGGACCUUCGGGAGACCUAUUCCCAGCUGGGGAAGGUGAGUGUCCCGGACGAGGAGCUGGAUGCCAUGCUGCAGGAGGGGAAAGGCCCCAUCAAUUUCACCGUCUUCCUCACGCUCUUCGGCGAGAAGCUCAAUGGAACAGACCCCGAGGAAGCCAUCCUGAGUGCCUUCCGAAUGUUCGACCCCAGUGGCAAGGGCGUGGUGAGCAAGGACGAGUUCAAGCAGCUGCUUCUGACCCAGGCAGACAAGUUCUCUCAGGCCGAGGUGAGGACGCCGGCUCCUUCGUGGGGAUCACCCCAGGGGCCCUGGGGAGCCUCAGGGGCCUGGCUCCUGGCCUUGGAGCCCAGCUCUCCAGAGGAGAUGCCAUCCCUGUGGAGACCCCGAGGGUGAAGACUGUGCAGUCCACAGGGAGAGGGUGUGCAGGGGCACGUGCAGUGUCUGGAGGAGGGCUCACUGGGGGUGAAGGUGGCACAGAGAGGGGUGUCUGGGGCCAGAGGGGGCUAUUUGACCCAUGGCCCCUUAGGGGCCCACCCUCUCCCCAGGCUGCCCAAAGUCAGACAACAGGAAAUGUUAGCUCAGAGUUUUGGUUUGGGCCUGCAAAGGCGGAGGACCGAGGCGUACCCUCCUCCCUCGCCGGCUG